GGAACGGGUAGCUCUGCUUUAAAUUGUAAUCGUUAGAUAGCGCAUACAACUUGUAAUUCAACGUUCGAACGUGGUGACAUCUACUGUUCUGUUUACCUCAAAAAUUAAUCAUCAUUCAAGAUGUCAUUUGUGAGUUCUGCGAGUGACGUCAGCAUCCCGGACAUGCCACCCUUGUCCCCAGGGAGCAGUGUCUCGACCAGACUUCAGGAUGAAUAUGAUGAGCUUCUGAAGUUUGCAGUUGUUAUACCGAAGUAUGACCCUAAUCAGCUACCUCAGACAUUGAUGGACCCUCGGGAAUCCUUCCUGCAGAUGAGCCAGCGUUCGGCAUCUAGACGUGAACCGCCCUCACAGUCUAGGCAACAGGAGGAUGAUGAGCUGUCUGAUGCGACAGAUGUGACCCCUAUCAACACUGGCCGGUCCCCGAGAGUAGAGCCCCUCCCUGACUUUGGGGGUCAUAGCCCCAUUGGGUCCCAGGCCCGCGAUACCAGUGAUAUUGAGGAGGAGCGACCCCAUGACCCAAUCCCCAGUCACUACCUGGUUUCGCGGGGCUCCUCUAGGAGUUCUGGGCCCAGAGAUCGAGAAAGGGAGGAGGUUAUUGGAGAAUAUGAGAAGGUUUACACAGCAACAGUUGAUCCGGACGUAGCCAAGAUGGAGAACAUGAUGGACCAGUGGUGUCUCGACCUCAAACGCAAUGUCAUUGCCGAGUUCAGCCAUUCAAAGAUCAGGAUCGUAGAGCAAGGGAGAUUACAACUCAUCAAAGAACAAGAAAGACACGCAUCCGAAAAGACCAAACUUCUUGAAGAAAUGGACAGCCUUAAAGAACUACUUGCCACCUAUGAGAAAUCGAUCAUGCGUAAAGACCAAGUCAUCUCAAACCUGACCAAUGCCCUACAGAAACAGCGGGACCGGGUCGAGAUGACAAAGACAUUUUGUGAAUGGAAGAUGAAACAUAAUGACAUGAAGAGAGAAAACUUCUGCUCAAUGCUGGCUCGGAAGCACCAUGAGCGGUGCCUGUCUCGGCGUGUAUGGGACGCCUGGCACUCAGUCAUUGAGACAAAAUGGCGGGUGAGAAUUGAGAAGGCAUGUCAGGCGAAGGCUCAGGAGGUCUGUGUGCAACUCAGAGAGGACUAUGAUGCUAAACUAGCUCAGGUAAAUGAUGAACUAGCAGCUGCCCAGCGUGAGGUAGCGUUCAUGCGGCAGGAGCGAGAACGCUACGAGGAGAUGAUGAAGAAAGCAUUUAUGCGCGGCGUGUGUGCCCUUAACAUUGAAGCUAUGUCAAUCUUCCACAAUGGGGAAGAAAAAGAAAACAGGGAUACAGUUUCAAACCAUCCUGAUGAUGUUAAUAUGGAGGGCAGUCUUCCAGAGAAAGAUUACGGUGGUGGGAAAACCCUUCCUGCUCAAACCACUGCCCCACAAGUCAUUGUUGAGAGGAUAGUUACUAGUGAGGGGUCCCGUCCUACUACGAUACAGUCAAAACCACAGAGCAGUAAAUCAAAACCGGCAACAGGUCCAGCCAAGUCUUCAUUGGGGACUUCCAAGGUAACCUCCUCAAGAGUUGACAGUGGGAGGUCCCGGUUGGGAGGGGGCUCAUCUGGCACACCCCUCGCCCCACCCAUGAGCUCUGUAGUUGUAGAGAGACAUCAACCAGUCAACAAGCAAACCAUGCCACAUGCAGUAGCAGGAAAGUUUCCACGCCAUGGUUCAGCCCCUAUAGGAGAGAAGGGGCGAAAGCUUGCUGGCCAGGGACAGAUAAAUGUGCACACUGUCAAACAUGUAGAGUGACCUCCCUUUGAGGAAUGAAAGUAGCCUUUUAGAGUGACCUCCCUUGAUGAAAUGGACAUACUCUGCAGCCAUUCAAUAUGAAUAAUAUAUGAUUAAUAGAAAUACAUAUGUAUGAAAUAUCAUUGGUGACAUUAUGAUUCAUGAUUCACUCUACACAAUUUCAUGCUUCGUGCGAUUUCGUUCAAAAAGUGAUUUUGUGAAGUAUGUGAUAAUGAAAUGUGGAAUCAUGGAUUUUGGGUAGAAAUCGUAAGAUGUGAUUACAUUUUUUUUUUUAAAUUGUAGAAUUUGUAAGAAAAACAUGAUAUUUUUAUGUGAUAACGUGACAUAUGAAAUACUUAAAGUUUUUGCUUAUAUCAUGAAAUGUGAAAUAUUAAGUCAACAUUGAUCUUUCAUACAUAUGUAUAUAUGCCUGAAUGUGAUAUGUAAAUGUUCCCUCUUUUUUCAUGUUUUAGUCAACUGCUAGAAGUUUAAAAAAUGAUUUUUCUUGGUGUUUUGGAAAAGAGUAUCUGCACCUAAAUUUGGGGAAAUUCGUUUAUGUCAAUUUCAGGAGUUACCUAUGGAAUAUGGAAUUCUGCAUGAUUUAAAGGGAUCUUCACUAAUAUCUAACCUGUAGGGAGUGGGAAAAAGGGGAGGGGCCAUUAAAUCAAGUGAUUUCAUAACUUGGAGAGGUUAUUAUCAGUACAAAACUACUUCUAGAAAUCUCUCCAAGAAACUAUAUCGCUCCUAACAUUCUUGAUAAAAAGGUCUGUUACCCUGCAUUUCAACCAUUGGGGACAAUGACCUUUUGACCAGUCUUUGAGGUUCUCUGAGUAUUUGACCAAACUGUUCACAAAUCAAUGCCAUAAAAACAAGAACUGUUGUUUUUUUAGACUUUUCAAUAUAACUUCAGGAGGAAGAUAACUGUAUACUUAUGUAAAUAUAAAAAAUAUACUAUAAUGCUUUUAACAGUAUUAAAUAUUGACAAAAAUAAAUAGAAGGCCUUCAUUCCACUUACAAAAUAAUGUUGAGUGUUUAGUUAUUUUAUUUUGUCAUCAAAUUGUUUCAUGAUAUACAGAUUUAACUGUACCAUCAAACUCCAUUGGCUUGAACUUGAUUUCCUUGUUGGGUAAAACUGAAUGUAAAGGAACAAUUUUUUAAACUGAAGGUAAGCAUUCCAGAUCAGCUCGAAUUUCCUUAGACUUACGGUAUUUUUGCUGGUCUGUGACGGUUCCAGCCAACAGGGUUUGACUGUAUGUGUACUGUUGUUGUUGUUUUUUUAAUCAUAGCCUUGGUUGUUAUAAUAUAUUUCCAACAGUAAUGAUUUGACAGUGAUUAAAGAAUUAUAGAUGUGAUAAAAUUCCAGAUGCUAGACUGAGGAAAGCUUAUUUUCAAUUUUGUUUUUUGAAUUUUGAUUAGCAUUUGUUUAAGCCAUAUAUAGCAGUAUUAUUCAGAGAUGGUUGAAACACCUGUUUUAUUCCUAAGGAAGAUAGAGCUAUGCUAAAUGUGUACUAUCCCAUUCAAAUAUAGGAACUAGUGUUGUUGUGUCUAAUUAUAAAACAUUUUAAAAGACUGGUUCUUCAAUAAUCUCAAGCUUCUGUCAGGCGCGUAGCUGCCUAUACAUGAGUUCGCGACUGAAUCCACAUGAUUCUAAUAAAAAAAUCAGUCUAAGUUGCAGUAUGCGUUCUUGACUACAUGAUCCUAAAACUAUCCAUUUUCCAGUACUAAAUAAAACACCUCAAAACGCCCAGAAUGCACCAUGGUUUUCAAAAAAUUUCGAGGGGGCAUGCCCCCGGUCCCCCCUAGCACAAUUAUAAAUCCACAUGAAUAAAGGGCUGCCCUGUCUGUAAUAAGUCUCCCUGUGGAUUAUUGGACAAGGGGUGAAAUUAACAGUCAGGGAAUCCUUUUUAUUCUGUAUAUAAAUAUAUCUAAAACAUUUUCAAAUUGUUAAUACUAUCAUUUAUUGUUUUCGCUGGCAAGAUAAGUACAUAUGUUUUUAGUGUAGAUUGUUCAAAAUUGUAUGGAAGCAGACAUUCAGAAGUAUUAGUAUAGGUUAAAUUUCAUAUGUUACAAAGUUAAAAAAAAAUCUUCGGAAAAUUGCUAGCGACUGCUGGAAUAAGUUUGUAAUACAUGAACUAUACCUGACUAAGUCACAUACGCCAAUAACAUAAUAGAGUGCGAAAAGUUCUUGGCUUUGAAAGACUUGCUUGAAACGAUGAAGUUUAACUUGUAUUAGUCCUUCCCUUUUUUGUCACACAAAUCUCAAUUUGUCGUAGUAGUUUUUGUGUUUAUGAAAGAGAGCGAUAUUUAGAAUAGUUCUUUUGCUUUACAUGUUUUUUGGCUUAGCUGUACACAAUGGAUUUUGAUUGAGAUUUAAAACCAGUGAAAUGUGGAUAUAUUAAGCAUGGUGUUUAAAAACAUAGCAAAUGAAAUGUUCGUUAAUAUUUAAAACACAGAGGCAUCAAAGGGGUAAUUUCUAAAAAAUAUAAGUCACUAUUUUUCUAGUCUUUAUUUACAAUGAAUGCCAAUAAAGGUUUUUAAAUAAAUGAUAUUUGUGAAUUUUUGAUCAAAAGCUGAUUUUUUUUUCUCAAUUUCACAAUUUUAUUAAAUUAUUAUUUAAAUUUACUUAAUUUUGUUUCGUCCCCCUUUUGGAAAAGGGCAAAUCUUUUGAAAGCCAUCGGGGCACCUUUAAAGUUUGCCGCGGAUUGUCGAGCUGUUACAAUUGUUAAGACACAGAUAAUUGUGGGAGGUGUUGUUUAUAUAAUUUAAAACAUAUUCAAUGUAUUUUAUCUACACAACAAUAUGCAAAAAUAUAUCUUUCAUACAUGUAUAUUUACAUCUGCUCCAUCAGUCUGGUAGUAAAUGACUGCUUGGGACAAUCUUAAACCUGUUGUAUAUCACAUAAUAUGUAGUCUAUGCAUUUGCCAUGUAUAUAAAUGAAGUUGAUUCAAUAUGAAUGAAUUUGUAUGCUAUUUAUAAUGUAUAUUAUUAUAAUUCCAAGGUCUGUAAUUGACACAUUUCAGAUUUAUGAUAAAAAUAGUAUUUAUUUAUUUUUCUCUGUUAAUGUAGCAUAGUUAACAUUGAUGUGAAAAGCUUGUACAAAUGCAUUUACUCGACCUUUUUUUACAUGAUCAAUACAGUAUGAUGAUGCAAAUAAAA